CGCUGACUGGCUCUCCCAGAUGGCGAGAAUAACCCCGUUAGCCAAUCACACGCGCUGUUUUAUAUGGGUCCGGGAGACUUGAGACAUGCCGUUAUUUUCCUCAUAAUAAGGUGAUUUGUCGUGGAGAACAUGUCGGUUGUGGGUUGAGGCUGAGCGGGCAGCCCACCGCUGUUCUGGACGGGCCGUCGUGUUGCGCUCAGCUUUGGGAGCCUGCAGUGAACGAAAGGUAUGGCACAUAUGUACAUGAUGCCUAAUCCUGGCAUGCCAGGAUGUCCACCUGGGCUAGAAUACCUAACACAGAUUGAUCAGCUACUGAUUAAACAGAAGGUGGAGCUCAUAGAGGCUCUGGCCGGCUUUGAAAGCAAUAAUAAGUAUGAGAUCCGAAACGUAAUGGGCCAGAAUGUGUACUACGCGGUGGAGGAGAAUGACUGUCUAACGCGCCAGUGCUGCGGCCCCCUACGCUCUUUCACAAUCCGCAUCCUCGACAACUUUGGACAGGAAGUGAUAACGGUCAACCGUCCACUGAAGUGCAUGUCCUGCUUCUUCCCCUGCUGCCUGCAGGAGCUGGAGGUCCAGUCUCCUCCAGGGAACAUUGUGGGCUAUGUGCUCCAAGAGUGGCAUCCCUUUCUACCCAAGUUUACCAUCCAGAACGAGCACAGGGAGCCUGUCCUCAAGCUGCAGGGGCCCUUCUGUGGCUGGAGCUGCCUUCCAGACGUGGACUUUGAGAUUUUGACAAUGGAUGAAGUCAACAUCGGAAAGAUCAGUAAGCAGUGGACAGGGCUUCUGCGAGAGGCCUUCACGGAUGCGGAUAACUUUGGAAUUCAGUUUCCUUUGGAUCUUGACGUCAGAAUGAAAGCGGUGAUGAUUGGACUCUGUUUCCUCAUUGACUUCAUGUUCUUUGAGACUAACAACUAACUGCUGCGCAAAACCAUGGAGCCAUUAUCCUGCAGAAAGGAAGAGAGCAGAAGACCCUCAAUCAGACACACGUCCUUGUCCCCUAAGCAAAUGCAUGCUAAUAUAUCUUGUAGGUGUGAUGGCAUAACAUUAGCUUAAUAGGGGUCAGCCUCGCAAAAGCAUUGUGUUAUUUAACUUAUCAGGAUAAGAGAAAAAUUAAAAAGAAGAUUGAAGUGAUACUCAUGCUGCCACUUCUAUGAUAUUUGAAUAGCAUUGCUUUUGGUGAACUUGCCACACAAGACCAUACACUGGCUUACCCACCCGCCUGGCUCAGACUCUGAAGAAACUAUAGGUUUAUUUGAAGCCUGUAAGUGUACAGUGUAAAGUGUAGUGUUUUUUUGGUUUGUAUCGUCGCUUCACAGAAAAUAUCCAAACACUUAAAAGCCCCUAAUAUUUGUGAAGAUGCUGAUACCGUAUAAGUGACCAAAACUACAUGGUUUAUCACUCAUAGUCAAGUGUCAAAGUACGAAAAUUAAUUUUAACAUGUAUGUACAUCUGCAUACAUCAGUCCUUGUUUUAGCCAUAUACAAGCUGUGGAGAAAUGCAGUGCAGCAAUUCAACAUGUCAGAAAGACAUUCAAGCAGCCAGUAUAUACGAGAAAGAUGUACACCUGUCGUAAUGUAUUGAUAUGCAAAUUAUUUAUGUUUUGUGUUCCAUUUAAACACUGUUGGUUAAUCACUUUUGUUCAAGCUCUGUUUAUUUAAACCUGUUUAACUUAUUGUUUUUGGUUGUAGAAAGUGAAUUAGCAUCACUAGUUUACCGUAAAUGUGAACAUGUAUAGUAGUACCUGAUGUUUACAGUAGAUGGCAGCAAUAGCCUGUUCAACACUCUCUCCACCCCUGUUUUUUUUACACAUUCACACAUGAAUCAAUAACACUUUUUUAUGACUCAGGAAUGCAUGCAUGUAACUAAUGCUUGCACUUUAAACAUAUCCAUAGGACGCUUGUCUGUGAAGCUCUAGUUCAAUGGAUGCCCGUUGUGGUUGUUGUUUUUACAGUGAUAUACAGAAUGUAGUCUAAGCAAUGCCUUGUUCUGAUGGUUAUUUUUAUUAAAAUAAUUUAUUUUCAUCUUUCAA